AUGUCAGACACAUCUGACGACGAAGAGUUGAAGAUUUUGAGAGAAGCUGCGUUGCUAUCGAAGAAGAGGCAGCAACAAAUGAAGUUGUCAGCCAAGCUGAACCUCAGGGAGAUAAAGUAUGACAAUGACACUGACCAUUCCGCUUCCUCUGGGGAUUAUUAUAAUAGGAGAAGAAGAAAUAGGGAUGAGGAGAGUGGUCGAGAUCGUGAGAAAACGAAAAACAGGGAAAAGGUUACUACAACUUCUUAUGAUAACAGAUGGAGGUCGAUGACGACGUCAAUUACAUCAAAUUCGAUAGUUGUUCAGCAGAUUCCUCCCGUGUACGACAGCUUAAAAGUACACCAUCAGCUGGAACAUCAUCAUCAACAACAACAACAACAGCUUCAACACUUGCAGCAACAGUUUCAACAAGUUUUUCCAUUGCAGACAGCUGCUAUGCCAUCUCAGCAACAACAACAGCCACAACAACAACUUAUACUGCCCGCACAACAGCCACAGCAGCUGAUUCCGCCGUUUCAUCAGCAACAGCAGCCACAUUUGCUGCCUCAACAACAAAAUCUGUUGCCAUUGCCGCGACCAACUGUGCAGCAGUUGCACCAUCAGCCAGCAACAAUUAUACCCUUCCAACAACAACCACAAAUAGUAUUGAGAAUGCCAACGACAUCUACGCUACUCCCUCCCCAGCAACCACAUUCACAACAAAUGUACAUACCUCUGUCUCAACAUCAACCACAGCAGCAGCAGCAGCAGUUACUUCAGAUUCCAACACACAUGCCACCACAGUUUCCACACAUCUUUCCAAUGCCGCAACAGGCAGCACAGCAACAUUUGCUGAGGCCUAGCAACAUGUUGCUGCAACAACAGCAGCAACCACAUCUUCAGCAGCACUCUGCAGUGACGUCAACAUCGAUGCAGGCCCCGUUCAGGCCACUUAGUUUUCCAGCUGCGAAGAUUCUACAGAACAGCAAGCAGCAACAACAUUCAAAUUUCAAUAGGCAGCAGCAACAACACCACCAUUUUCCCAGCAGCAGCAACAACAACAACAACAUGAUGGACAAAUCAUCCACACUGAAGAGCAACAACAUCAGUAGCAGUUGUAACGCAACCAACAGAAGUAAUUUAAUAGUAAUACAAACGGAUAACAACAACAACAGCAGCAGCAGUAGCAGUGGCUACAACAACAGCAACAAAUACAGAAAAAAUUACACUGAAAGUUUUGCAGAAUCAUCAACGCUAGCGGCAUCAUCGUUGUCGGCAACAAAUUUAACCAAACAUACCCCUAGAAAUGGGGUUACAAGUUCGUCAUCAUCAACAACAUCAACAACGAUGUUUGUUAGACCCCAAGAUAAGUGGAGUAAUGAAUAUAAAAGUCUUGGUGUUCCAGCAGAGGAAGUCAUUAAGGAUGAUGACAAUGUUGAUGGAGAUGAUGGUGAUGAAGAUGAUGUCAAGAAAGAUGAAGAUAAGAAUGAAGGUGUUAAGAACGACGAUGAUGCUGAUGAUGAUGAUGAUGGGGAAUAUAAUAAUGAUAACAAUGAUGAUGAUGUUAGUGGCGGUAAUGAUGACGUCAAAUCAGCGGCUAAAUCGUCGUCGCCGUCGUUGCGAUCGUCGCCACAUAAGAAGUUGAGGCAGUUUAGUUUUCUGGACGACGAUGAGGAGGAUGAUGACGAUCAUCAUGAAUUCCAACUGGAUAUUCCGUGUGUCAGCUUCCAGUUGGGUUGUGACGAUGACGACGUCAAUGAUGGUAAUGAUAAUGAAAACCAUGAUGAUGGUGGCGAUAAGAAAGAUGCCGCUGCUGCCGCUUCUUCCGCUGCUGCUGAUCGUAAUGAUGAUGAUGGUGAUGGUUUGAAAAGUGAUGGCGGUAGCGUUGAUGAUGACAAUGAUGAAACUUAUUCCGAAGAGGCUGAUGAUGAUGAUGGUGGUGGUAGUGACAGGAAACUUGCAAGUGCUAAUGAUGAUGGCAACAAUGCCGAUGAUAUGCCUAGCAGAAAUGAAGAAGAGCAUAAAGAUAAAGAGGAAGAAGAAGAAGAUGAUGAUGAUGAUGAUGGGGAAAUCACGUCAUCGUCUACGUCAUCAUCAUCGCCAUCAUCAUCGCCAUCAUCAUCAUCAUCGCCGUCGCCUAACAGCGGUGAGCACAAUGACGACGACGAUAACGAUGAUAAGAACAAUAGUAGUCACAUCGGUAAACGACAUCAUCAUCGCGGUAAUGAUAACGAUGGUGAUGAUGACAGCCGCAAUGAAAGUGACGUUCAAAAUGAGAAGGUUCCCAAAGUGUCGACUGCUGCCAGACAUCUAUCUAAUUACAAAGACCAUAACCAUAGUGGAGAUAGUGAUAAAAAUAUGGGAGAGCUUCAUUAUAAUGAUGCCAAACGAGCCAGGGACAAAAUGGAUGACGAUAAAAGCCAUUCUAGACGUAAAAAUAAUCACAAAGAAAAUGAAGGUAGACGCGAUAGGGAGCUGGCAAAGAAUUCUAAUCGCGAUCAAUCAGACCAUAGAAAUAAAAAUCAAACAGAACGUCGAGAUAAUAGAGAACUAUAUUAUCGCGAUUCUUAUCGUCACCAUCAUCAUCAUCACCACCACCACCAGAGACAUGAUGGUGAAUUUUUUGAUGUUAAGAAGAGUAGGACUCAGUGUUACGAUGACGAUGUUCCUACUCAGUAUUCGAUCGAUAAACUUGGCAGUCGGAAAUAUCCGAAAGAUGACGAAUAUAGCAAACGGUUAAGCGACGGUAGACGACGCGAUGAUGACGUCGAAGACGGUGGCAACGGUGGUAACGAUGACCACGACCUUGGCGGGGUAUACUUGAAGGAUUAUCUAUAUGAAAAGCGUCGAAAAUGCGAUCAGGCAGGUGGUAUGGGAGAUUUCGUUGAUACAAAUCGACCUGGCAGGGAUCACUCACCCCCCAUCAGGUUCUUCCCUCGCUCUCCUCUUCCCCCUCCUCCCCAUCGCCUUACUCUCUCUCCCUCUCGCCUCCGCGAUCAUUAUCAUGAUCACGAUCAUCGUCAGGACCGUCGUUAUGAUUAUGAUCAUCGCCGUUACGAUAAUCAUCACGACCAUCAUCACGAUCGUCCUCCUCAUCAUCAUCAUCAAUCGCCUGCCAUCAGUCACAGACAGUCGCCUUCCCCUUACUACCGGCAGAAAGACUACGUAAGGAAUAGCGAGGAGUUAGAAUUAUUUGGUGAUGUGAAGGUUGAAAAAUAUCGUGACCCACAUCAUACUCGUCAACGUCGCUCUUCAAUGACUCCGCCUUCCAACUCAAGAGAAAAUCCUAGAGAUUAUUUCCAUGACGAGAAUAAAGAUAAUCGUCGAUACAGAAAGAGAAGAAGCGAAGAUCGAGUCGUUAGAGAUGAACCGAUGGACACGCUAUCGAUUCCUUCAACUGCUAAUCCCGAACAAUUUCACUCCCGAGACUGCUCUCCCAGGAUCCGACAAUCCGUCAUGGAACGAGCCGCAGACAGCCGAGUCGAUCGAAUAAAAUCAGUUAGAAGUGCCAUUCCUCUAAGAUCGACAAACGUUCAAAGUUUAGUUAAAAAGUCAGCUAGCGGAUCUAAUUUGAAUGAAAAGUCGACUGGGAGUUCUGUAGCUCCCAGGAGCCAAAUAAAGCAUGCUGAUGAUAGCGUUGGUGAUGUUCAUAAAGGUAAAGACGGUUGCCGAGAUAAGAGAAAUGAUAUUGACAGUAGUACACGCAGCAGGAAGAAUGAAAAUGAUAAGAAUGAUAAUAAGAGGACCGAUGUCAGUCAUACAAGUACCUCGAGCAAAAACAAUAAUAAAAGUAGAAAAAGUGAUGAAAACAAUAACAGCAACGAUGACGUUAAUGAUGAUGAGGCAGCCAGUGAAGAUGUUACUAAGAAAUCUCAAUCCUCAAAAGAACCGUCCAGUUCGUCAAAAAAAUCUCAUCCCACCGACGCAUCCGACGUGGCCAAGAAAAUGAAACUAUCUCCCGGCUAUGAGAUAAACGCAGAGGUUGAGGGCGACAAGAUUAACAGCUCGUUCGAAACCGAAAGUGAAACUAAACCUCGACGGAAGGUCAUUCAGACUAGUGACGCUAAAUUUAGCAAUAAGUUUUAUGGAAAGUCUAGAAGAGAUAACUCCGACGAUCAUCGUCGUACUUCUAAAAAUAAGAGUCGUGGGGGCUUCAACAUAAUGGCGGAUGAUGACCUAGGCAGGAAUUUACAUCUGGAAAUCCCGGAUAUCGUUGUUAGUAACAGUCGCCAUGGCAACAAGCCGUCGCGUGUCGUCGUGGAGACCAAAGAUCCUAAAAUCAUGCCGCUUAUUGUCGCGAACGUUAAUAAAUCAGACGAUGCCAGUCGGGUCUCUAUACACAGCAGGCUGGGAACUAAACUGUCACAGCGAGAACAACAGCCACAUUCUAGAAUGGCAUACCCUGAUCUUAGGCAGAAGAUAGGAAAGAAGAGAAAAUAUGACUUUCCAUAAUUCACAGUUCUUUGUACAGACUACGGAUCCCUGAGUAUAUUAAUCUAAUUUGAAAGGAAUGUCCUAUAUUAUUGUACAUUAUAAUUGAUAAUAAAAAUGUUUCAUUUUACUAUAACUAAUUCACUGACUAACUAUGAACUGAUUGAUUGACUGACUGAAUGAUUGACUGAUUGAUUGACUGACUGGUU